UUACUGGCAUCGCAUCUUUAAAGAGUGUUUCGCAUGGUCCGUCUGUAUAGAAUACGGUAGCACAUACAUAUAUCUAACAGGAACGAAUGCCUAUUCAAAGGUCUCCUUUCGUGGAAUAGCAGAUUGAGCAAUUGCAGAAGAAGAAAGGAGCGUGAAGACGCGAAGCGCUCGGGAUAACACCGAGCCGUACUGUGACCUGCAUACAUAUAUAUUCGAAGGAUAUACACCAACGAUCCAAAGCGACUUUCCCGUGCACCACACCCACGCCUGCCGGAUCCCGCACACCCUGUUCUCCUUUCAUACCGAUUUUCUUUAAUCUCGUUAUAUCAUGUCCACGCCUGACCUCACCACUCAUUUCCCCGUCAUUCCCCACGACCCCUCUCACAAAGAACUACCAGAACGCCCUCCCCUCUCAAGACCACUCAGCGAGAUAUCCGCAAACGAACCUCGCUGGCGCUCAAAUCGCUCAAGCGUACAUUCUGGUUCAAAGAAGGACAAGGGAAGUCGCCCAGGGAGCGAAGUGCGCGAAAAGGAGGAUAUGCAACAGACUGGUGGCGUGGCAUCCGGGAAAAGAGUUAGUUCGAGUAUGGCGCUGCCUCAAACGAUCACCGUCAACUUGUCCGAGUACGCAAAGUCUCAACCUUCACCGAGUACUGCGAGUGCGACAGGGUCAGUGGGACGUCCGGCAAGUAUGUCCUCUCUGGGUCCGAUGAUAGCUCCGUCUUCCAGUACGAGUAUAAAACAGGUCCCAGAGUUACCGAAACGACAAGCGUAUGGACGAACAGUGUCUGGUGCGUCGUUGAAAUUGAGCAAAAUUGAGCAACCAGAUGCUGGGGACUGUUCGGAAAAGGGUCAGUCCGCCGUCCUUAUGGCUCAGCGUAGCUCCCUUCGCCCAGCUUCUGUAGCAUCGUACGCAGAAGUAGCCAGAUCGUCACCCGUGCCCGGACCCGAAUCACAACCCCUAUCACCUCCCAGUCUCCUCCCUUCUAAACCUCCUACAAAGUCCAAACCUUCAUGGCUCAAACGUAGUGCUGUCGGUGCCGGUCUCCGUGCCAAAACAAAAAGCCCAAUAUCAAACUACGGCGAUUCUCUAGGCUCAACCAUAAAGCCUUUGCCACCUAUAUUACCACCUCGUAAAAGCAAAAGCAAAAGUCGCAUUACCGAAUCUGCUUCUAUCGCGGAUUUGCGUCCCCAUGGCAAGGAGACUGACCGCGCAGGUAGCAUAGCACCGCCAGACAGGUCAUCGUACGCAUUCGUCGCUUCUUCAGCAGGCAACCCACCUCCUCUUCCUCCGAGAGAUACUACCGGGAACAAUAUCAAGGGUCGUAUUGCCGCGUGGACUGCAGCUGCCCAGUCGAAUAGUGGUUUCUCUAGAUCAGAGUCAACUCAAAGUCUUGCAUCUCAGGCAACGGGCACAUCACAGUACAGACUACCUUCGUCUGCUUCACGGGUAUUCGGACACGCUGGGUCUGCUGUCCAAAAAGGCUGGGCGGGGUUGAGAUCAAAGGGAAUGACAAAUAGUAUGAGUAUCAGUGGGAUGAGCUCUUUGGCAUCGUCUUCAUCUCGAAGAGAACCGUCGCGGAUUUCACCAUUAGGAGGAAGGAGAGAUAGGAGAUCCUCAGAUAAUCAAGAAAUUCAGGGAGGUCCCGUGUUUAGGGGGGAAAUGAUCAAGCGACCAGCAGAAGGAGAUGUAGGCAAGGUUUUCGGAAGAGAGAUUGUGGACGCAGGUAAGGAAUGGGGCGUCGUUGACGCUGGGUUUGAGAUACCUGGACAAAGCGAGUGGGAAAUGAACAGGAGAAAGUGUUUACCUGCUGUUGUCAUCCGGGCAUGUGAUUAUUUGCAUAUCUGGGGCCCAAAGGAGGAAGGAAUCUUUAGGAUCAGCGGACAAAGCAGUCACAUCGCAGCGCUGAAACGGCAAUUUGAUUCGGGGGCAGAUAUCGAUUUGACUGAGUGUCAUCCGCGAGAUCUUGACCCUCAUGCCGUUGCUGGUUUAUUCAAGCCAUACCUGCGAGAAUUGCCGUCACCGCUGUUGACCCAUGCGCUCGCGCCAAAGUUUGAGAAGGCUGUAGGAAGGAAGGAUGAAGCGGCCAAACGAUCAACGGUGGUUGGCAAUGUAGGCGACGAAGAGUUCGAUGGGUUAUUACGCCAGUUACCGCAAGCGCAUUGGUUCUUGCUGGCAGAAAUCAUACACCUCCUCGAUCUCAUCCCCAAGCACGCUGCUACCAACCGAAUGACUCUUAAGGCGCUCACGCUGUCUCUUGGCCCGUCUCUCAACAUCCCCGGCGUUGUCAUCAGCGAGCUAAUCGAGCGCCGUGAAACUCUCUUCAAAGACCCACCGCCUCCAUCUACCAUAGAUACAGCACGCGAUUUGAUCAGUUUCAGCGAUGUCGAUAUCCCACCUAUGGUACCCCCUUCUUCCAAAUCCAGCACAUUCUCAACUAUCGAUAGUCCAUACUCCCACAAGACAGACGAUACUUUUGCAGUACAGGAUGAGUCUACGAAGCGAAAGCCUCCAAAAUUGCCUUCCAGGCCUAGCAUCACGAAACUCUUUACCAGCUCGCACGUUUCGCUUCCACGACAGAAGAGUGUGGACACUUUGGCUAGUAUCCCGGAUAGCGCACCCCCUCGCGUCGAUGUGGCCGUUUCGCCCACGUCUCCCUUACCUGAUUUCGAAGCCAAGUCCAAAGCCCAAUCACCAGGCACUACUCCCACACGCGAGGGAGCUAAAAAACAUGACACCUAUGUGCCUACUUACGUCUCUGUAGCUUCGGCCGCUCCUGCUGUCCCUAUCGCAUCAGCUUCAUCACCUGCGAGUAUGGAGCCUGUCGAAGAGGUGCAUUACCCUGCAGGAACAGUAGAAGAGCGCGCUAGACUGUUCGCCACUCCUACACCUAUCGCAGAUCGCUUCACUAGCAACCAAUCUUCUUUCCCAUCACUGCGCGCGCCAGGGAGCUCAACAGGAUCAUCAGCCACCAUGCGAUCCGUAUCUGCCAGCGUGAUACCCCAAAAGGGGACCUCGCGACCAGGUAGCGCAGGUUCUGCAGCGUCGGUUACGAACCCCGCCAGCGUCAUUCGCCGUGGGCCACCAGUGUUCUUCCAGAGUGCAGGCGUGGAAAGGGACAGGCAUGCGCCCGGCCAUGUGAGAAGUAUGUCUGCGAUCCCGUUCGGGGGGGAGUCGACUAAUGUGACUUCUGGAGGAGCGGGGACGAAGAGGAAGGAUGAAACGAUUAAUGAAGAUGGGGAGGAUGGGCGGGGAAAGAGGCUAUCUGCAGGACCUGGUGUUUUGGAUGGCUUAAUGAGAGGAGAAGCCAUUGCUUGACUUACCCAUACUAGUAAUGAAGAGCGGUAAUGAUAGUGAUGUGUUGUGCAUGGGCCCAGCGAUUGGCUCUUGCUAUAUGGUUUCUUUAAAUUUAUAUUACUUAGUGGAUUCUCGUUCUAGUUUGAUUACCCUUGUCAUGAUGUGGCAUGUUUUCUGAUGUAUUGUACUCCAGCGGAGUGAUAAGUUCAUAACAGCUAUACAGAUUACCUCGCGAGUAGUUUUUUCCCCCCAAUGGUGUAUUAUCAGCA